AUCUUCUCCUUUCUUUAACUUAAGGCACUCGUCUGUUGAUUAUUUUCUUUCCUUUGAAUUUAACGCUGUGUAGUGAUGCAUGACUAGAUAACUUUUAAAGAGUCUAUUUUAAGCUAGCCCAAGGCUUCCCUUUAAGGGAGGCCAAGAGUCGUCAGAUUACGAACGGCAUUUUGGCGCCCAAGACGCGGGGCCCCGAAAAGAGCCCAUACGCAGUAACGAUUAGAGACAAGCAGCGGUGACAUCGUGUGGCGAAGAAGACAAUCCUCUUCAAGGAACGUUUCCUUUUAGAAAGCCUCAAUCAACUGGACACAGUCCCACUUGAGGAGAAAACGAGAGACUAACGUGGCGACACCCUUCACGCAGAAACAGAUAAGAGUAUAUUUUACUCCUUCUUAACUCAUUCAUCAUGGGUGGUAAAAAUACCAAGACUUGCAAAAAUGAAGUAGACCCAGUACAGCUCCUCAUUGAAAAAGGGGUUGGCACUUAUGCUGAACUUACUCAGUGUAUGGCUAGGUGGCAUAAACUGACAGCUAAGGCUGAUAAACAAUGGCCCCUCGCAGGGACCUUUGACACAGAGCUGUGCAACAUGAUACAUGCCUUAGAGCAAGAAUCUUAUGUAUGGAAUAGCCGACAGAGAAUUAAACAGCAGCGUAGGCUGAUUUUGCUGAGAGCAUUUAUGGACCAUGGCCCUAAGCCAACUAAUGCCCCGGCAAGCCCUACCAGUCCCAUUCCAAUUCCAGAGAGACCUCCACCAUAUGCCUCUGAACGCACACCGACUACAGGGAUUUACCCUGCAAUGGCACAGGGCUGGCCAGAUGCUUCAAUUGAAUUAAAAGGAACCCUGAGCUUUGAGAGAACAUCAGAUGAAACAAGUGACCCACCAACUGCCACACCUGCGACCACACAAGGAGCUGGAGAAGGUUGCAGUAAAUACACACCCAGAACGCUAGCACCAACCUGGACAAGACCAAGCCCCGCCCAAGACAUACCCACUGCAGGUGGCCCCUCGAUGCACGAGGAACAGAUGAGUGGUGAGACCACACCAAAGAGCAACUAUGAAAGUAGCAUGCACGAGCCCUCUGUUAGAGCCAAGGAACCAAGAUCACGCACCCCAGCGGAUGAAGAACAUCCUUCAGAUAUGGAAGAACAAUGUCCUCAAGUGCGAUUCCUAACAGCUCCACUACAACGGAGAGUUACUGGCGUGUUGGAGAUAGAGCCUGAAGCGAGCGCCAGACAGCGACGAGAUAACUUCGAGGACACAUACAACAAAACGGAGAAGGCUAUAGAAGAAGAACUCAAAAGGCUAAUUAAUAAAAGUGUCCCAAAGAACUCAGCAACCUCACACAUUGCACACGGCCUGCGUAAAAGCCGAUCUGUUGAGCUGCAAAGUCCAAUAAGUCAGAAUGGACUUACUGACACAGAUUACCCUCCCACGGACUCUGAGGAGGAGGAGGACCUAAGUGACUGGACAGCAGCUCUCGACCAAGCACCACCCCAAGGUCCAAGACGCUCUGAACGCAUAAGGCAGAGACUGAGGUCCCAUCAGCUUAGACCGUCCAAGUCAUCCCAUUUCUUCCCCAUCAUUGCCCAGGGUCUGGGUAAUUCAUAUGUGCCCUGGUCCUUUAUGGAUUUGAAAGGCCUGGUUGAACAACUACCGAACAUAACCACAGGAGGGCAGAAGUGGAUCACCGCUUUUGAAGACAAGACAUCAGGCUAUACUAUAGCCAUUGGAGACAUAAAGGCUAUCCUGUCACACUCCGUUGGAAAAACCAAAAUGGAGGACAUAUUUUCACUGGCCAAGUACAGAAACCUGGCAACAAAACAAUGCUUUGAAGACAUACCUUUCAACGCCUACCGAAACAAAAUCUGGGAUGCCAUUCGUGAAGAAUUCCCAACUGACAUGGAUCCAAGUCAACUGGAUUCACUUGAACUGAAACCUGACACCCCUGCCAUUGAAUACAUUACCAAUUUUCAAAAGAAAUGGCUAGAAGAAACGGGUACUGCUUGGAAUUCCUCCAACCAGUGUCUGUUUAAGAUGAUGCUGAGAAAGAGCUUGCCCAAGGAAGUGCAAGAUGCACUUGAUGAGGUCGUGGGUCUGAAUAAUAUGGAUUGGAACAUGUUUAAAGAUCACAUCGUCCAUCAUGCGGAGCGAUACAAGAAAAAGAAGGCUCAGAAUAAAGAAGAGUUGGAGAAAAUAGCUUUGCAGCUACAAAGAGCCCAGCUGACAGAGUUGAAAAAGAAAGAUAAGAAACUAGCUGACCUCAUGGCAGUGGUGGCCUCUGAUAAACCCAAAGCACCAAGUGCGACUGAUCAGAUUUUGCCUGUACUAACCACGCAAGCACCUGUACAACAACCAAUGCAAAACCCACAGGGGAUGCAGCCACAACAAGUUGUUCCUGCAGCUCAGACGUUUCCUGCACCUACAACACCAAUGAUGCCAAUUAAUGCAAUGCCACAAAACCAAAGCAUGCUGCCCAACGCUGCCCAGAUUACCAACCCCAAUCUAAACCCACUCCAACAACCUGUGCCACCUGUUAAUGUUUAUGUUAACACAGGAUUGGGAAACAGGGGAGGACUCAGAGGAAGAGGAAGAGGUAGAGGCCGUGGGAUGCCAAGACCUAAUAACAACCCAUUCGGCAUGCCUAACGCGCAGACCCUGGAUCAAUUAGACACAUUUGACAUUUCAGGCCAAAAACUCCAACAAGGUCAAGGAUACCAGCAAGGUCAAACCUACCAACAAGGCCAAGGCUAUCGACAGGCUGGAGCUUCUCCUGUUUGUUACACAUGUCACCAACCUGGCCAUUACUCAAGAAACUGUCCGAAUGCUGGGUGGUUCUGAAGAUGCCCGGAAAGCCUU